AUGGUAGAAGGAUCUCAAAAAAAACCUAUUGAAUUAACUACUAAUAGUCCGCAAGUAUCUGAAAUUAGCAAAGAAGCGGUGUCUGAAUUAUUUGAAGAUUUACUUUAUUUAUAUAAUAAUAUUACUAAUUCUGAAUUACAAAAAGAGAUUACAACUCAAAUAGAUAUUAACAAUAAGCUAAAAGAAAAACUUUCUGAUACCUCUGAAAAUACCUGUAAAAAGAAAGGAAAAAGUUCAGAAAAUUUAUUUCCUUUUCAAUAA